UUCCCUAUUUCCCAUUAGUUUACCAAGAAAAUUAUAUUUGGUGCGCUUAAUUUUCUUUGAUGAAAGUAAAAUAAAAUUUUGCAUGUAUCAACCGACAUUGUCGUUUUGAACCAUUGGGUAGACCGUUACCAUCGUCGUCUUCUUCAGAACAUUUUCCUCUUAACACCCUCUUAGAUCUGAUCUGAGAGACUUCAAUUUCUCUGACUCUCAGAUCCCAUGGCUCGUUUCCUUCCCUUCCUCUGCUUUCUAUCGCUUCUCUUCUCUCUUUCUUCAGCUGAGAUCCGAUCCUCCGAAAUUCGCAACGAUGACCGUCCAAUUAUACCGUUCGACGAGUUCGGUUUCACUCACAAAGGUAUUCUCGAACUCAACGUCUCCAACAUCCAGCUCUCCAAUUCCAAUCCGGAUCUCGACCUCUCCCGGGUCGGAUUCUUCCUAUGCACCCGCGAAUCGUGGAUUCACGUUAUCCAACAGAUCGAAGACGGAGAGAUCGCCUGCGCGCUUCAAUCUGACCUAAUCACGCAUGUCUACACCUUUAACAAGCUCCAAACCGGCCAGAGAAGCUUCUCCACUGCCGUCUCUCAAAACAACGCCGAUCAGUACACGCUCGUCUUCGCUAAUUGUCUCAAUUCCGUUAAACUCUCCAUGGACGUCAAUUCGGCUAUGUAUAACAUUGAACGUGACGGUAAUCGUGAUUAUCUUUCUGCUGGAAAAACUAUUUUGCCACGGAUUUAUUUCUUGUUUUCCGUCGUUUAUAUCAUUAUGGCUGGGUUGUGGAUUUAUGUGCUGUAUAAGAAACGACUUACCGUUUUUAGAAUUCAUAUUUUUAUGCUUGCUGUUGUUAUUAUGAAGACGUUGAAUUUACUGUGUGAAGCUGAGGACAAGUCUUAUAUUAAAAGAACUGGAAGUGCUCACGGAUGGGAUGUGUUGUUUUAUAUGUUUAGUUUCUUGAAAGGGAUUGCUUUGUUUACUUUGAUUGUGUUGAUCGGUACGGGGUGGUCGUUUUUGAAGCCGUAUUUGCAAGAUAAAGAAAAGAAGGUUUUGAUGAUUGUCAUUCCUUUACAAGUUGUGGCUAAUGUUGCUCAAGUUGUUAUUGAUGAAACUGGACCCUAUGGUCAAGAUUGGAUUACAUGGAAGCAAGUGUUUUUGUUAGUUGAUGUCGUGUGUUGCUGUGCUGUUUUGUUCCCCAUUGUUUGGUCUAUUAAAAACUUGCGUGAGGCCGCCAGGACUGAUGGGAAAGCUGCUGUCAAUUUGAUGAAGUUGACUCUGUUUAGACAGUAUUACAUCGUUGUGAUUUGCUACAUCUACUUCACCCGGGUGGUCGUUUACGCAUUGGAGACUAUUACUUCAUAUAGGUAUUUGUGGACUAGUGUUGUAGCUGGAGAAUUGGCUACCCUAGCUUUUUACGCGUUUACUGGGUAUAAUUUUAAGCCUGAGGCUCAUAAUCCAUACUUUGUGAUUGAUGACGAGGAAGAGGAGGCAGCAGCAGAGCAACUGAAAUUGGAAGAUGAAUUUGAAUUGUAAUUUAUUUUCUUUUAGAUAUUAAAGGAGAUGGUGCGCCAAGAAAUGGGGACAAUAUGAAGUAGUAACCUGAUCAUUGCUUCAAUGAUUGGGUCUCCAUGUUCAUUUUGACUGCUAUGGGAGGGUAAAUGUGACUCUUCACUUGUGUGUUCUUUGUUCUUUUUUUUUCUUGAUAAGCUAUGUUUUUGGGUUUUGCAGUUUAAAAGUAUAGGUUCAUUAAUGUGUCUGUCCAUGAUACUGGAUAUUAAGUAGAAUGUACAAGUUUUCUCAAACUAAAACAUCUAAAGUAAAACUAUUUUGUCAAA